AUGGCUGUCGACCAGUCCAAAGUCCUCUCCCUAGUGGAGACCAUCAAACAGACAGCAUUGCAGGACCAAGGUGCAUGCCGCUCUGCACAGUCGCAUUUCCAGCUGCUCGGCUUGAUCGACGAGCUGCGUCUUGCAGUUGAGACUCCUACGGAGACGGUGCUGCGCUUGAUCUACCAGCCACCGCAAAAUGCAGCCCUCCGCACCGUUAUGGAUCUCGGUAUCUUCCCAUUGUUGGUGGAGCAAAGCAAGUGCGGGAUGUCGGCUACAGAGCUGGCGGCACAAACUGGUGCUGAGCGCGGAUUAAUUGUCCGUCUGAUGCGAGUCAUGACCGCACUGGGCUUGUGCGCAAACCCAGAAUCCGAAGUAUACAUUGCGACCGACAAGACCGUCGCACUCACUCAGCCGAUCGGAAGAGAUGGCAUUCCUUGCAUGUAA